CAAAAAGGGCUGUAUGCUCACAUGGCAACAGACAGGAAUCUGAACCACUGGAGCCUGCCACUAGCUUGAUUACUUGAGUGGAUGACAUCAUCACAAGGGGACACUUCCAGGACUCAAACCGAGCAUGUUCUCUUUUUGACUUCCUUAUUACCUAACCCAAGGAGUGCUUCAUACACAAUCUCUAUCUCUCUAUAAAUGAAUCAACAUCUCUCUCUCUUUGCACUCGAAGACUGAAGAAGGAAAAAAGUCACUCACCUAAGACUCUUAACGGCGGAGCGUUUCCUUGCUGUUGCCACAUCUUGACAGGAAACAAAUGUCAACCAGAGGACCGAAGCCCUGAGGUACUUUUUUAAAGAGAGGGAAGAGACCGAGCAAAAAGGACACCGUAUGAAAGAGAGCGAGGGGAACAGCAGCGGUGAACCUGUCUGCAGAGCCACUGUCUGGCAGCUGUGUUUCAAAGCACACGCAUUCUGUUGUGCUGCACGAACAGUGUCAACGAGACACAGAAACAGUGCCUCAGCCCAGUGAGGGAGCUGGGGUCAGGAGUAACUGAGGGAGGGCUGGAGGGAGGGAGCGGGUGUGGAGGGGCAGGCCUGAUUUUCUGGAUAGGGGAGGGGCCAGCAUGUGACUCUGACACCCACGUGUGAGUGCGACUGCUCCAGGGUGGUGGGAGAACCAGGGGUUCUGAAAUGGCAGCGACAGCAGGACCAGGAAGGUGAGAGGAAACGAGGGAGCGGCAGAAUGGAGGCGAACCAGAAAUAAGUCACCCUCCUAUACGUCUCCCGCUGGGUGACUUGUCUCUGCAGGAAGGAUUUUUGGAUGAAUCAGAUCCACUGGAACAGUCUCUUGUUUUGGACGAAUCAGAUCCACUGGAACAGUCUCUUGUUUAUGAAGAAUCAAAUCCACUGGAACAGUCUCUUGUUUAGAAAUAAUCAGAUCCACUGGAACAGUCUCUUGUUUAGGAAGAAUCAAAUCCACUGGAAUAGGCUGUUGUUUUUGAAGAAUCAAAUCCAGUGGGAUAGACUUUCUGUUUUGGGCCACCCGGAAUAGCUACUUCACAUUGCCUCCAACUGGUUUUAUUCCCGACUCUCUUCCGAUGUGAGGACUUGCUCUGGGUGCGAAAUGAAGUGAUUGUAGAAGCCAGGGAAAGGAGCACACUGGAUAAACCGGUAGAAAGAAGCAUGUGGCGGGACUACCACAAUGAGUGCAGCCUCAAUGCUCACCUGCACUCUCUCAUGUGCUGUGCAGAUGAGCGAGACAGGGUGCAGAAGAAAACCUUCACGAAAUGGGUCAACAAACAUCUCAUCAAGGUGAGGAAGCACAUCACAGACCUUUACGAGGACCUGAGGGAUGGACACAACCUGAUCUCCCUCCUGGAAGUCCUUUCUGGAGUCACCCUGCAGCUCAAGGGCGUGUCCUCGCUGCGGAGGGCGUGUGUGUCCCGUGCCCCCCCGGUCAUCUCGCUGGGUGGGGAGGAGGAGGACGGAGCCCAGGGACCCAGAGAAAAGGGUCGCAUGCGAUUCCACCGGCUCCAAAACGUCCAGAUCGCCCUGGACUUCCUCAAACAGAGACAGGUAAAGCUGGUGAACAUCCGGAAUGACGACAUCACAGACGGCAACCCCAAGCUGACGCUGGGCCUCAUCUGGACCAUCAUCCUCCACUUCCAGAUCUCUGAAAUCUAUGUGAGCGGUGAGUCGGGGGAUCUGACGGCCAAGGAGAAGCUGUUGCUAUGGAGCCAGAAGGCCACAGAGGGUUAUCCCGGCCUACGCUGUACCAACUUUUCCUCCUCCUGGAGCGAUGGACGCAUGUUCAACGCCCUGAUCCACCUAUACAGGCCAGACCUGAUUGACAUGGAGGCGGUGUCACGGCAAAGUAACCGUGACAACCUGGAGCAGGCCUUUGAAAUUGCUGAGUCGCUAGGGGUGACCCGGCUGCUGGACGCUGAAGAUGUGGACGUUCCAUCUCCGGAUGAGAAGUCGGUCAUUACUUAUGUCUCCUCCAUCUACGAUGCCUUCCCCAAGAUCCCAGAGGGAGGCGAGGGCAUUGCAGCUCACGAGGUGGACCACCGCUGGGCAGAGUACCAGUCUCGUUUCUCCUCACUGCUCCAGUGGAGCCGGCAGCACACGGCCCUCAUGGCCAACAAGCACUUCCCACAGAACCCUGUGGAGCUCAAGGCACUUUACAAUGAGUAUGUCCAUUUCAAGGAGACCGAGAUCCCAGCCAAGGAGAUGGAGAAGAGUCGCGUGGAGCACCUCUACAAAGUGCUAGAGGUAUGGAUGGAGUUUGGACGCAUCAAACUGCCCCAGGGCCUGCACCCAAACGACCUGGAGGAUGAGUGGGGAAAACUCAUCCUGGAGAUGCUGGAGAGAGAAAAGGCCCUGCGGCCCGCUGUGGAGAGGCUGGAGUCACUGCUGCAGAUGGCCAACAAGAUCCAGAACAUGGCGCUGGACUGUGAGGAGAAGCUCACCCUGGCCAGGAACACACUGCAGGCCGACAUGUCCCAGAUAGAGAGCGGCGAGGCUGUGCGCUGUGAGAGGGAGCUGGGUGUGUAUCUGCAGGACUGCGAGGCCCUGAUCCGACAGAUCAACCUGGACCUCAACAUCCUCCGAGACCAGAACUACUACCAGGUGGAGCAGCUGGCCUUCAGAGUUUCUUGUAUUCAAGAUGAGCUGGUCUCUCUCCGGCUCCAGUGCUCCAGUGUCUACAGGAAGGGCCACUUCUCCCCGGCGACCGGGGCCGACAGGACAGCCUCGCGGGGGAGCGACGGCGGUCACUGCCUGUCCACGGGGGCCCAGACCCUGCUGGGGGCAGUCGGGGCGGUGGGGCUGAUGGGGGCCACCCUGCUCCGUAGACCCAUGUCCCGCUCUCAGCUGGUGGCAAUGUCGUCUUCCGAAGACGAAGGGAGUCUCCGGUUCAUCUACGAGCUCCUCGGAUGGGUGGAGGAGACGCAGGACGUUCUGAAGCGUUCUGAGUGGGGGGCAGACCUGCCAGCUGUAGAGCAGAAUCUCCAGGAGCACCACCAGAUCCACACGGCCGUGGAGGAGAUACUUCACAGCCUGAAAGAGGCUCGCAACUACCAGACUAAAGUCUCACCUAACUUCCGGAGCAGUUAUUCUGACACUCUGGCCAAACUGGAGAACCAAUACUGCAAACUCCUGGAACACUCGUCGUGGCGUCUCCGCUGCCUGGAGAGCCUGCACGCGUUUGUGUGUCGCUGCACGGAGGAGCUCAUCUGGCUCAACGAGAGGGAAGAGGAGGAGCUGGCGUACGACUGGAGCCACAACAAUACGAAUGUCAACGCCAAGAAAGAGUUAUUUGCCGAAAUGAGGUCAGAACUGGAUGAGAAACAGGAAGUGAUGCACUCGCUGCAGGAAACAGCCGACCGGCUGUGUCAGGAGAACCACCCGGCCAAACAAACUGUGGAGGCAUACAGUGCAGCACUACAGACUCAGUGGCAGUGGGUGCGCCAGCUGUGUGUGUGCGUGGAGCAGCAUCUCAGAGACAACACAGCCUACUUCCAGUUUGUGAGUGACGCGCGGGACUGUGAGACCUACCUGCGCCAGCUACAGGACACCAUCAAGAGGCAGUACACCUCUGACAAGAACAGCAGGCUGGGCAAGCUGGAGGACCUGCUACAAGACUCUAUGGAGGAGAAGGAGCAGCUGAUCGAGUACCGCAGCUCGGUGGCAAGCCUGGUGGGCCGGGCCAAGACGGUGGUGCAGCUCCGCCCACGCAGCACCGAGAGCACCCUGGGAAGCACCACGCCCAUCCGCGCCAUCUGUGACUACCGGCAGAUUGAGGCUAACGUUCAGAUCACCAUCCGUCGAGGGGAGGAGUGUGUGCUGGAGGACAACUCCCAGAGGACCAAGUGGAAGGUGAUCAGCCCCAGUGGGAACGAGGCCAUGGUGCCGUCGGUCUGUUUCACCGUGCCGCCGCCCAACCAGGAGGCCAUGGAGAUGGCCAGCCGGAUGGAGCAGCUGUACCAGAACGUGAUGUCUCUGUGGCAUCAGCUGCACGUCAACAUGAAGAGCGUGGUCUCCUGGCACUACCUCCAGAAGGACAUCAGGACCGUUUCCUCCUGGAGCCUCCACGUGGUGCGUUCCCAGUCCCCGGAGGAGAGGGACCAGACCCUGGACCACCUGGAAGCCCACCUGGCUGACUUCCUGUCCGACAGCAGGGAGAGUGCCCUGUUCAGCCCCGCUGAGAGGCGGGAACUGGAGAGAGACGCGCACGCCGCCCGGCAACACUGUCAGGACCUGCUGGUCAACAUGGAGACAGUGGAGAAGGAUGAGUCUGUCUCUCGGGCCUACCUGUCAGAGCUCCACAACAUUAAACUGCGUCUGGAAGAGGCGGAGCAAAGGCUGGUGCGCUGCAUCCAGACCCCACCCCCUAGCAACCUGUCAGGCGACCGCGUCGACAACACUGUUCAAAUCGUAGAGCAAGAGAAGCUCCAGUCAGACCUGGACGGUCUGCGGACCAGCCUAGGUGAGGUGUCGCGACGCUGCGUGACUUUCUUUGAGGAGAGGCCCACCUCCUCCAAUGUCCCCGUGCUGCGCUCCGAACUCAACCUGGCUGUGGAGAAGGUGGACCGGCUGCACAACCUCUCCUCUGUCUACCUGCAAAAGCUGAAGUCAGUGGAGGCAUUGAUGCACUGCCUGCAGGCAGCUGAGAGCCAGGUGAAGAGGUACGAGUGCAGGUUGAGUGAGGAGGACAUCGUCCCUGCAGACACCGGCGCCAUCCAGACUCUAAGUGAACAGCUACGGAAGUGGCAGGUGGAGCUGGGGAACCAGGAGGGGGUGUUCCAGUCUCUGCGGUCAGAGUUACAGAAGGCCCAGGAGGCGGGUACUCAGCUGGGCAGGUUCCACCCAGACCGCAGCCCGGAGCUGGAACGCUACCAGGAGAGAGCCGACCAGCUCACAGAGAGGUGGAGCGGAGUGAAGAGGCAGACGGAUGCACGGCGAACGGAGCUGGAUGCCCUGGGCUCAGUCCUGCAGCUCUACAGAGACGGCCACUCUGAUCUAAUCCAGUGGAUUGAGGAAACCACUAAGAGACAGGAGAACACCCAGCCGGCAAAGACCGACAGCAAAGUCCUGUCUGAACAACUGGCCCAGCAAACGGCGUUAGUAGCCGAGAUCGAAAAGAACCAGACCAAGUUGGAUGAGUGCCAGACAUACUCGAAACAGUACUGCACCUCAGUCAAGGACUACGAGCUGCAGCUGAUGACAUUCCGAGCCUUUGUGGAGUCCACCCAGAAAUGCCCUGUGAAGAGGAGGAGGAUGCACUCAUCAUCAGAUGCCAUCACGCAGGAGUUCAUGGACCUGCGCACACGCUACACAGCCUUGGUUACCUUGACGACACAACACGUCAAGUACAUCAGUGAUGCGCUGCGAAGACUGGAGGAGGAAGAGAAAGAGGUUGAGGAAGAGCGGCAGCAGAGGGUCGGCCAGGUGUCAGAGAUGCUGGGCUGGGUCAAGGGCCUACAGGGCCGAGCAGGGGCCCCCUCUGCCAAGUCAUCCAUCGCCGCACAGCAGGCUGUCAGUGAGCAGCUAGCAGCUAAGAAAGACGAGGUGGCGGAGGCUAUUAGAAACGCCCAAGUCUUCCUCAUGUCUAAACAGGCCAGCAAGUUGUCCCCGGAGGAACGCGCCCAGGUGACCUCCCAGCUGGAGGAGCUGACUGCCACCUACAGCCAACUGUGCGACAGCUCCACCGCCCAGCUUCAAGAGCUUGAGCAACAGCAGGCCAAAGAGGAGCAGAGAAAGAGCCAAGCUGCUAUUGCCGGAGUUAUUGACCUGGGAACCAUGGAAACCGUUUCAGUCUUCCACGCUGCACAGCAUGGGCUUAUUGACCAGGACACCUGCCAUGUCUUAUUGGAGGCCCAGCUCAUCAUGGGUGGGCUGUUCCAGCCUAAUUCCCCUGGUGGCUUAUCACUGGAGGAAGGCCUCAACACUGGCCUAAUUGACAGUCAAUUCAACCAAUCCCUAUCAGAGCUGGAGAGUACCUUACACCUUGUUGACCAGUCAAAACUGGAGGGGCAACUACUCCCAGUGGCUGCAGCGAUCGAGGAAGGCCUUAUAAGAGAGGAGGUGGGGCUGCGUAUCCUGGAGCUGCAAAUGAACACGGGAGGUUUGAGAGAUAUAGGAGGUAGAAUUACAUUGGAUAGUGCUGAAGAGAUGGGCCUGCUGACACAGAGAGUCUACACUAAACUCAAGUCACGUAUCAGUCGAAGGGAGCUAAUUGAUCCCAACACAGCUGAGAAAGUAAAUUUGGCAGAACUGCGGCAGCGCUGCGUCCUUAGCAAAGACACGGGUUUGCAUCUGCUUCCAGUUAAACAGCAGCCUGGAGGCACAGUCUGCCUCCGAUCUGGCAGGAAGGUAGGCAUCUUCCGUGCCAUCCAAGAGGGACUGAUUGACCGGCAAGUUACAGUGAGAUUACUGGAAGCCCAACUUUUUGCUGGUGGCAUUGCUGACCCCCGGUCUGGACAUCGUCUAACCGUAGACCAGGCUGUGCAUCACAGUCUAAUGGACCAGGACCUGGCCUGCGCUAUGCUGACCCGGCAGCUGCAGACUGGAGGGAUACUAGAUCCUGUAAGUGGGGAGCGCCUAGGGUUAGAGGAAGCCAUUAAGAGGGACUUGCUUUCAUCUCGUCUGGCACUUCUGGUACUCGAGUCCCUCCGGGCCUUUAUGGGCUUGCUCUUCCCAGAGUCUGGAGAAUUAUUUCCUGUUGCAGAGGCACUACAACAAGGGAUGAUCUCGGGAGAGCUGGCUCGGAACAUCCUGAGGCAAAGGCACAUGAUAGGUGCCCUCUACCUUCCAGAAUCCUCCAAGGCUGUGUCCCUGAACCAAGCUGAGGAGGUCCUUGAACCUAAAGUGGCAGAGAUCCUGAAGGAGAUUCAAAUCCCAGAUGUGCUACACAAAAUCAACCAGUCAGAUUCCACAACACUGAAUCGUCAAAGCUGGGGCUCGACUGGCUCAUCGCCUCCUUUAUCCUCAUCCCCUGCCUCUUCACCCGAUCUUACCUGUUACCCUCCAUUCCUAGAAGCAAUGGCCCCUGAGGAGCAGGCACAUCAUCGCCUGCUUUUCCAUUUAAUGACACACAGCUAUGUGGAUGCUCAUUCUGGCCAGCGUCUAGUGUUGCACGAUCCUGAACUGGUGGAUCUUGUCAAGGCUGCCACAGGCCUGGUCAGUGUUGAUCCGAUUCCUGGACUGGUUGAGGCAGGAUUUACUAUUACUUCAGAAAAACAGAGGUUUGUGGAAGUGGUGCCAGAUUUAUGUUUGGCGGCUAAUCAGGAGACAAGCCACACUGGAGAGUUCCAGGAAAAUAACAUAAUAUUCAAUUUAUGUGAAGAUAUUGCUUCCAGAAAGAUGGUAGAAACUGAGCAGCAGGAAAGGGGUGGCACACUUGAUAUAAAGGUGCAGGCUGAGAAAACUGGAAUAAUGCAGAUGAAACAGGUAGACCUUGAGUCACCCAUAAGAGUAAUUGAGGAGGUAGAUGUAGGUGUACAUAGAAAAGUAAAAGGUGAAAAUGAUGAAAUGGUAUGUUUAGAAUGUACCCAGUCCUUAGCUGGAAUACCACAAAAGCAAGCAAUUACGGACUUGCAUGAAGAGGGUCUGGUAGAGAUUGAAUCAGAAGAGCCAAGAGAGAUAUGUCACAGAGGUACCAAGGAGAAUGACUUACUUGUAGAAGACAUUGACAGAUUACUUGUAGAGGGAUCAGAAAUAUAUUCAACAUCAAAAAAGACAGAAGCUGAGACUUCAGUGCCAACCCAGUCCCUUAAAGAGUCUGCUAUUCCACCAUCAGAGAUGAGUGAGAGGGAAACAGAGCCUGUGAGUGUUGGAGUUAAGCAUGCUAUGAAAGAUGCUCAGAGGGCCACAGAGAAAAUCCAACCCAAGGUUAUGAUUUUACAGGCAACAGCGGUGAAGAGUGAGGAGAAUGUUGAGUUAGAAAGGUUGGCGUCAGAGCUUCAGCAAGGUGGUCUGCUGACUGAGGGCGGGCAGCGGCUUUUCCCAGAUGAAGCCGUUGCUCAAGGGGUCCUCCCAGGACACACUGCAGUCAAGCUGAUGGCCCAUGCAGGACUUUUUGGAGGUUUCUUGGAUGUCAGCACAUGUGAGUCCCUUAGCAUGGAUUAUAUGAUGCAAGAGGGUAUGCUCGAUGAAGACGUUAUGUGGAGUGUGUUGAAAUCAGAAAAGACUCUGGCAGGUGUAGUGGAUGUAGAGAAUGGAAAAAUGUGUUCCCUAAAGGAUGCUGCACAAGCAGGCCUGAUAGACUCCCACACGGCUGCUCGGCUCCUGGAAGCCCAAGUUGUCUCAGGGGGAGUGUUUGAUCUGCAAAGGGACAAGAAAGUGUCGGUUACCCUGGCAGCAAAUCUUGGACUGAUUGAGGAAGACCAAAAAGAGAGGCUAAUGGCAUUGGAGAAGUCAUACCGUGGAAAGGGCUCAGACCAAGCUGCAUCUCUCACCAAAGUAGCAUUGCAACUACAAAUGGGUGGGGUUGUAGAUCCACAAACUAAGACACCUGUUCCCUUAGUGCAAGCCCUUAAAAGAGGUUUGCUUGGACAGGAAGAAGCAUAUCAAGCCUUGUCCCAGCAAGUGGCUGAGGGCGGCAUCGUGCACCACACCUCUGGAAUUAGACUUUCAGUUGCUGAUGCUUUGCGGCGAGGUUUGGUAGACCGUGCCAUGGCUUCAGAACUGGGAAAGUUGGAGAGAGCUUAUCAGGGGGAGGUUGCCCUCUCUUCAAACCCAGAUGCCGCCCUCCUCCAGGCAUCCACAGGUGCUAUUCUGGACCCUGAAUCGAAGUGUAGACUUACAUUGACAGAGGCUGUGUCUGAUGGUCUACUUGACGAGAGCACCGCCAAGAAAGCAAUGGUUUCUCCAAGUGUAACAAAAGGACUGUUGGAUCCACAGAGUGUCCAAAUUGUGCCUUACUCAGCCCUUAUAAACCAGUGCAAGAUUGACAUUGGGAGUGGAAAGCGUUUUUUGGAAGUGAAGCACUUCAAGGGAAUCCUGGAUAAACAAACAAGGGAAAUAUUGAACCUUCCUCAAGCAGUUGCAUCUCAACAAGUUGAUCCAAUCCCAGCACUCAGAGUGUUACAAAGCCAAGCAGAAACUGGAGGGAUCAUUGAUAUUUCCAGCAGUGCUAGGCUGUCUCUGCCUGAUGCGGCUAAGAAAGGACUGGUGGGAGAACAUAUGGCCAGACUCAUUGCCACCAAACAGGUUCUGAAAGGUGGCAUCCUUGAUCCUUCUACAGGAAAGAGAGUCUCUGGUCUGAAGAAAGCUGUCAAACAUGGGCUUAUAUCCAGAGAGAUGGCUGAUAAGCUACAAGACAACUUGAGUUCUAUAGAAUUAGAAAGUGAAGAUGAAGAUAGUUCAACACCUGUUGCCUCUUCAAAUGAGACCUAUAGUCCCCCAGUCACAUUAUCAGUAUCCAGUCCUGACAGCCAAACUAAAGCAGUUGAAUGCUCUGUAGGGAUUUCUCCAUCUCCUAGUCCAGAAGAGUCUGAAAAAGAGUAUAACGCUUUAAUAACAGAAGACAAAGAAGAGAUAGAAAAUGAACUGGUCUCAAUACAAGGGAAGUCACUGAAAAUUGAGUCCGACCAGUCAAUCGAUUUGCUGGCCCAGUUUGCAAGCAAUGCAGAGAAAAGGCUUCAAAUGGCCCUUCAGGAGAUGGUGACACAGCAGGAUGUUACUGUUAGACCACCAGAACAAUAUAACAAAGAAGUGUCUAAACCAGUUGAAUUCAGUGAAAGUAUUUCAGUCAUGCAGCAGGUGCAGUAUGCUGUAGGCAAAAAAACACAGAUGGAUUUGGCAGGGGCUGUUGGUAGAGAAGGUAUGGAUCAAGAAGGCAGUAUAUACACAUCUGGCCUAGUUGAGAGAGAUGAAAUAAAGACAAAUGAGGUAGAAGACUGUAGUAAAGGUGUUGUGGAAAAAAGUAGAAUUGAGGAUGACAAGGACACAAAUAUUGAGGCUAGAGAUGUUGAGAAUCUUGGACAUGUGUCACCCCCUUCGAAGGAUGCUGAAAGUAAGAACAAAAAGAAAAGGAAAAAUAGGAAGAAGUUAAAAGGGAAUGAGAAAAAAUCUGGUGAAAACACAGAAGAAAAAACAGAAGACCAGAAUGUAGACUCAGAUGAUAACAGUCAUAGGGGUCAGGAAAAGGUUAAGUUGAUAGGUUAUGUUACCCCACAGCAGACAAAGCAGUCCCUUGUACAAGAUGUUCCCUUUGCAGUCAAUGGUGCUAAGGCACAGACUGGUGAUACAGAGUUUAGUGAUAAAGUAAGGGAAGGUUCUACACUUCCACCAGGUGCUAUAACAUAUACAUUUGAGGCAGAGCGCGAUAGUACAGAAUACAACGUCUUUGAGGAACAAAGACUGGUAGAGAAAAUCAAAACAUCAAUGAUACCUAAAGCAUUAGAUAAGGUUGAAUCUGUGACAGAGGAGAUACCAUUGAGUCAUCACAAAGCAGAUUGUGAAGUGACUGUACCAAAAGCUGUUCUCCACGAAUUAGACAAAAUGUCUAAGGUACUCAAAGCGUCAGAAACGGUUGAACAUGGGACAGAGGAGAAAACAUCCAUAAAGACUGUUCUUAAAAGUUCAGACAAAACAUCUGAAAUACCCAAAGCCUCAGAAAAAGUUGAAUAUGGGACAGAGGAGAGACCAUUGAUUCACGGUAGAGCAGAUACAGAAGAGACAAUAAAACAGGAUGCCCACAAAAUGUCUAAGAUACCUAUAGCUAUGGAACAUUUUGAAUCAGCAACUGAGAAACCAUCGAUCCACCAUAGAACCAAUUCCAAAGUGACAGUAACAAAGGCUGUUCUCAACAGUUUAGACAUAACGUCUAAGAUACCCAUAACAUCAGAGAAGAUUGCACCUGUGACAGAGGAGGGACCAUCCAUCCAUGACAGAGCAGAGUCAGAAGAUACCGCAGCAAAGGCUGUUCUGGAAAGCUUUGACAAAAUGUCUAAGAUACCUAUAGCUUCAGAAAAGGUUAAGUCUGUGACUGAGAGACCACUGAUUCACCAUAGAGCUGAAUCUGAAGUAUCUGUAACAAAGGCUGUUCUCAACAGUAUAGACAAAACGUCCAAGAUACCCAUAGCAUCAGAGAAGAUUGAACUUGUGACAGAGGAGAGACCAUCCAUCCACGACAGAGCAGAUUCAGAAAAGACCAUAACAAAGGCUGUUCAAGAAAGCUUAGACAAAAUAUCUAAGAUACCCAUAGCAUCAGAGAAGGUUGAACAUGAGACAGAGGAGAAACCAUCCCUCCAUGACAGAGUAGAUUCAGAAAACACCAUAACAAAGGCUUUUCAAGAAAGCUUAGACAAAAUGUCUAAGAUACCCAUAGCAUCAGAGAAGGUUGAACAUGGGACAAAGGAGAGACCAUCCACCCACCAUAGAGAUGAUUCUGAAGUAACUGUAACGAAGGCUUAUCUUGGCAACUUAGACAAAACAAAUAAGAUGCCCAAAGCUUCAGAAAAGGUUGAAUCUACUACUAUGGAGAGAUCAUCUGACCAUGAUAGCAUUUCUAAGGAUGAUCAAAAGAGGGAGGUGGAGAGGAGGGAUAGAGAUGGGGUGGUUUCUCAACAGAUUGGACAGCAGAGACCUUUGGAUAAAACGGAGGUGGAAUUCAUUCACAAAACCACCCCACUAUCCAAUGAUAAAGAAGCCCUUUUACAGAAGGCAAAAGACAGUAUUCUUAGGAAAGUGUUUGGGCGUGGUGUUACUGAGAAGCAAGCUGGAGAGGAGCUUGAGGCAUUGCGUCAGGGAGUGGGGAAGAAGGAGAGUUUAGUGAUUUCGGUAGAGGAAGUUAAGACUUUGGAAAGUGCUUUUGAGGUUUCAUCAGAAGAGCAUGAGGGUAAGGGAAUUGUCCAGAAAGAAGGAGAAAGAGAACACAUUCCACCUGAUUAUUCAAAGCCUCAUGUAGCAGAGAAAAUUAAAAAGGCUCUGCCAUACCAGGCUACAAAAGACAAGAAUGUGGAGAAGACGCUCCAAGGCCAGAUUGAAGAAGUAAAGGAAGAUGCUAUACUUCAAACAGACCCUAAAGAGACCAAGCCAGGAAAGAAAAAUAAGAAAAACAAAACGACUAUGAUCCCUAAAGUCAUAGAAAAAGUUGAACUUGCAAUAAAUGAGAAACCAUUCAUCCAUAAUAGAACAGAUUUGGAAGUGACAUCAGCACCAGUUGGUUUUGACAACUCAGUCUCUGAAGAAGAGCAAAUGAUUGAGAAGCAGCAGGACAGCCAGCCAGACAUCUAUGCAACAAGGGUACCAGUUGUUGAUGAUAUGAAUGAAACGGCUGCCAUUAAAAAGAGUCCUGGUCGAGUUGACAGCAGUCAACAAAUAUCAACCCACACCAGUGCACCAGACCAAAUUGAUGCAUGUCUUGAGGAGAAAACUGAGGAAGCUAUAAUUUUAGGUGGAAAAACUCAUCCAUAUGGCACAGAUAUAGAAACAUUCAGAGUUUGUAAAUCUGAGGAUGAUAUCCAGCCAGAUACCAAUGCUGUGGUUGUCACUGUGAAUGCCUCUCCUGAUGAACUUGUAUCUUUGUCAAGACCCCAUCCAUUCAAGGCCUUUAUCACUCCAGAUACCCAGACCGUUAAGUCCACAGAGAUAACUGAGAAAGACGCUGAGGAGGACAGGUCAUCGUGGAAAGAAACAGAUCUACUUGGCAAGGAAAUUGAACCACCAGUGAGGGAUAUACCUGAGAGGACGUUUAUGGAACCUUCUAUGCAACUAGUUAAAACCACAGGCAAGGGAAAGAAGAAGAAAAAGAAAGUGCAGGAAGACCAAAAGCAGCUGUUGAAACAUGACAGCCAAACUGAAAUACAGUCACAAGAUAAACAGUACCAUCAGGAGUCCACAGAAUCGGGACACUCUUGCUCAGAUACAAUUGAAAUAGUUGAAUCUGUAACAACAGAGGUACUUGAAUCUGAUUCAACGGAGAGCUGGGAGGAGGAGGAUGGACAUGUCCCCGAAUUGAAGAUACAGGAAGAGCGGAGCCCAGCUAAGACAAGAAAGUCGUCAUUGCUCCGCCAGAAAUGCCUGGAACACGACCAGCAAAUUGUGGCUCUGUUGUCUAUGGUGCGACACAUAGAGGUUCGCCUCAAACAGCAGCAACAGCAGUCAAUUGGUCGCAGCCUCAUUGCCCUUGAUGAUAUCAUCAAACAAACAGAGAUGUUGGAUCUCGAACUCCGGGAUUUAGAACCCCAGGUCAACAAGGAAGUGGAUGCUGCUGGGCUGCUGUUGAACCCACGCCCACAAGAAGUCCCACCUCAGCUAUUACUUGCCUUGGAGAAGGAUGGGCGGAGCUUAACUCGGGGUUACGAGUCAGCCAGAGAGGUCUCUGAAGAUAUCCUGCAGGGGCUGCGCACACACAGAGAGGCACAUAAGGAGACAUUGACUUUGGAACGGAAGUCACUUGAAGGGCGAGUUGCGGAACUUCUCACCUGGCUGAAAGAGACUGAGGAACAAAUUAUAGGAAUUGAUGAGCAAACCCUGGGCGAGACACUUGAUCAGCUCACACAACGACUCCAUCUGUGCAAGGAGUUGCAGUCGUCUCUGUCAGCCCACUCCGGUGACAUCAACACUGUGGCGUUUGACAUCCAGGUGUUCAUCUCAGAGCGCGCUCAGGACCUGGCUCCUGAACAGAGCAGGCACUUCCUGGGGCAGCUCCAGCAGCUCCAGAAAGGCUUUCACCGAGCCACCAGCCAGGCAAAUGCCAAGACAGACACCAUUUCUGCCAAGAGAGAGAAAGAGUUGGAGAGGCGGCACAGAGAGAAAGAGAGAGCUGAAGAAGAGAGGGAGCGAGAAAAAGAGAGACAGAGUGCGAGGGAGAGAGAGGUGCUGCAGCAACAGAAAGCAGAGUGCUCCCAAAAACUGGAAGGCCUCACUAUGUGGAUGGCUGGAGUUUCAAGCACGCUGGCCAAUCAGCGUGCGGGAGCAGAGUCAGGGGAUGUGAACGUGCUGCAGCAGAAACAUAGAGAGCUAAAGGAAGUGCAGAAGGACCUGCAAACCAGAAGCGAGGCCGUGGCGGAGGCCAUUCGCUCCGUGGAAGAGUUCCUGGGGGAGCAUGGUGACAGCCUGAGUCCUGAGGAGAGGGCCAACCUCCAGGGGGCGCUGUCUCAUAUGAAGGCACAGUACAGCUCCCUGGGUGAUGGAGCCCGGUCCUCCUUAGCCCAGCUGGACACUGCAAUCAGCACCACUGUCCAACAGAACGCACAGCGGGCGAAAGCAGCGGAGGAACUGCAGGAGACCCGUGGCAAGAUCCACUCGUUGUUAGAGGAGCUCACCUUGCCAAGCCAGCCUGGGCAGAGAGGGGCUGGCAUGACUGUUACUGACCACCCCUCGUCUGCGUCGCCAGAGUUAGGUCUGCAGUCCCACAGCGACAUGCUCCAGAAGGAGCUUCAGCAGCUCCAGGCCCAGCAGGCCCAGCUGACUAAUGUGUCUCAGAGUGCUCGCUCCCUCCUGGACCAACCCGAGUCGGCCGUGCCCGCAGAGGAGAAGCGCCGCCUGCGGGACCAGCUGGAGCGUCUCCAGAACCAGCACCAGGAGAAGCUCCAGGCCUGCCAGGAGAGGCUGAGGCGUUCGGAGGCCCUGAAGGACGAGCUGGCCAAGUUCCUCCAGGAGCACGGAGGCCUGGGGACCUGGCUGGAACAGAGUGAGGGGGAGCUGUGUUCGCUGGGGGAAGGAGAGACGGACGCACAGGGCCUGAAGGGGAGGCUGGAAGAGCAUAAAAGGCUGGCGGAGGACGUGAUCUGUCACAAGGCAGACCUGCGCUUUGUGUCCAUCUCUGGUCAGAAGGUCCUGGACUCUGUCCAGGGGGCCCUAGAGAGGGUAGGGGGGUCUGACCUGGCCCUGGAAGACACCAAGCAGCUGGUUACUGAGAAGCUGCGGGACGCCAACCAACGCUACACCGCUCUUCACAGCAAGUCGUCAGAUCUGGGCGGCCGUCUGUCGGGCCUUUUGGACCGCUACCAGCAGUACCAGGACGAGGCUGUGUCGCUCCACGCCUGGCUCAGCACCCAGGAACAGAACCAGAGCAUGGCUGGACCCAGCGGAGAGAGCGACACGCAGACACUACAGAACUCACUGCGGGCCGUACAGCUGCUGCAGGACGAGCUGGCCGAGCGGUCGGUCCAGUUGGAGAAGGUGAAGAGGUCAGGCAGAGGGUUGGCCAGCACUCAGGAGUCUCCCACUCUCAGGGCCGCGGAGAUUGUCAGCACAGCAGAUGGUCUGGAGAAAAGGUUCAGCUCUCUGUCUGAGUCUGUGUCGGAGCGGGCCGAGCAGCUCCAGACGGCUGUAGCCCAGUCGGUCAGUGUCCAGGAGGGGCUGAAAGGCCUGCUGACCUGGCUGGACGGCUUACAGCUGACCCCCGGAACCAACCAGCCCACGGCCCAGGCUGUGCAGGACGCCCUCACCCAGAACCAGAAACUACGUCAGGAGCUGCUGUCCCGGCAGGGCAGCGUGGAGGCCACACGUGACGCCGUCUGCGAGCUGCUCCAGAGCUCCGACGCAUCCACGGCCUCCGGCCUCCAGGUCUCACUGGACAGCCUGACCCAACGCUACGCCGCGGCCCUGGCCAAACAAGCCGAGAUGGAGGCCGAGCUCCGGGGGCUCCUGCCCAAGCUGGAGAGCUUCGAGAGACUGAGUACGGAUCUCCAGGGUUUCGCCCAGACCCGUCUGAGGUCACUGUGCCCAGCAGGGCAGCCCGACCGCAGCGUGGAAGACUACAGACACACCAUCGAGGAGGUGAGAGCGGAGCUGGAGCAGGAGGCUAGUCAACUGAAGUCCUUCAGCCAGCUGGGAACAGACCUCAGCCAAUCUAAGGCCCUGACCAACACACAGUGCCUUCUGGACAAUGUCAGGGAGGUGUCCGAUGAUUUUGCCCGACUAGAAUUCAACAUCAACGAAAGAUACAGUACCAUCCAGAGUUGUGAGCAGAGCUUGGGCCAGUUCCGGUCUCUCUCUGGCUCCCUCCUCAGGUGGCUCCAGACGACGCAAGAGCAGCUGCCCCUCAAAGAGCCCAGCCUCAACACUGAGGCCCUGCGGAGGAGAGUACAGCAGCUCACGGACUUACUGAAUGACUGGGAGACUGAGGGGGUACGGGUCCAGGAGCUGAACAAGACCGGAAGCGAACUGGAGACUGUCAUCAUCAAUAUCACGGCCCCCCAGCCCAAGACAGGUGUUCCCCAGGUCAAUGGUGCAGGCAGCCCUGGCAGUGUCAAUGGCAUUCACACAUGCAAAGACCUGACCGAGCUGCAGGUCGCUGUGGCCGAGGUGAACAGUCGUUACGGGCAGCUCGGCGAUGAGCUGAAGGGCAGACGGGGGCGCCAGGAGGCCUCUCUGGAGCUGAGACAGACGGCCAGCCAGGAUACAGAGGAGCUCAGCCGCUGGCUGGGAGAGCGGGAGAACAGCCUUCACCUGGGCCAGACCACCCCCUCCCCCUCCAAGCCCGAGGUGGCACGUGCCCAGGCCCAGGAGAACAAGGCCUUACUGUCUGAGCUGGCUGAACAUUCUGGGAAGGUGGAGGAGCUGAAGAGCGCCUUGCAGAAGCUGAUAGCAGACAACCCAGAUUCCCCAGAGGCAGACACGUGGAGGCAACAGCUCAACGAGAUUGGCUCCCGCUGGGCAAAGGCCAAUGAGACGGCAGCACAGAGGCAGGCUGAGCUGGAGACCUGUGCUGAUAGGUUGGGCAGCUUUGCCACAGCUGCCAGUCAGUUGGGACCGUGGCUAAAAGAGAAAGAACUGAUGAUGAGUGUUCUGGGACCACUCAGCAUCGACCCCAAAAUGCUGAACACUCAGAAACAGCAAGUGCAGUUCAUGCUGCGUGAGUUUGAGACCCGCCGUCCGCAGUUUGACCAACUCACCCAAGCCGCCGAGGGCAUCCUUUCCCCAUGCGGCGAAUCCUCCCCGCAGGAUGCCAAGGACCUAGAGGAGGUCAGGUCCGAGCUGUCCUCCAUCUCACAGCAGUGGGACGACCUCACCCAACGUCUGUCCCAGCGCUCAGAGCAUAUUGACCAGGCCCAGGGAACCAGUGAGCGCUACCAGGCCCUGCUGAAGAACCUCUCGGCCAGCGCAGAGGCUCUAGGCGAGCGGCUGGACAGCCAGGCCUCUCUCAGCGCCCAACCCGAGGCGCUGAAAAUCCGUCUGCAGGAGACCGGCGAGAUUCGCUCAGAGCUGGAGCAGAGGAGGGAGGAGCUGGGCGAAGCGGAGAGGUUAUGCCGGGAGCUCAGCACGAUCGUGGUGGAGCCGUACCUGAGAGAGGAGCUGAAGAAGAGGCUUGAGAGCGUUAGCGAACCACUGAGGAGCCUGGAGGGAAGGGCUGCGGAUGGCCUAUCCCAGCUCCAAGCCGCUCUCUCCAGCACCCAGCAGUUCCAGCAGAUGUUUGAGGAGUUGCGAAGCUGGUUGGACAACCAGGGUGGUGAGAGAGACUCUCCUGCUGACUCCCUGCCCUGCCAGCCUGACGCUCUCCGCAGCCUUCUAGCCCAACAAGAUGAGCUCCAGCGCCAGGUGGCAAGCCAGCGUGGCCCCUACGAGCUAAUUCAGGCCGAGGGGGCCUCGCUGCUUGCAUCGCUGCCCGCUGGUGGCCAAGAAAAAUCUGCCUUACAGUCCCGGCUAGACACCUUACACCAGGACUGGGACGCGCACAACCAGCGAAUCACAGAGUGCCAGAACUGCCUGAAAUCCACCCUGACCAAGGCAGAGUGUUUCCAGCAACACAGCUCCAAGCUAACGCCUUGGGUGGUGGAGUGCGAGGAACGGGAGGCAAACAUCCAACCCUCCCUGGACUCUGCAGCCCUGGAUGAUGCCGUACAGAAGGCGAAGCAACUGGGGUUGGACCUGGAGCGACGUCGCCCCCUCCUGGAGGCUUUAAAUACAGCGGCCGACCAGCUUUUAGAACACUGCCGCGUGGGAGAUGAGGAUGUACGUGACGAGAAAGCUCAGCUCAACCGACGAGUCGACAGGCUUUCUGAAAAGCUCCAGAACCGUGUUGCCCAACUUGAAGAGCUAGCUGGUCGACUCAAGGAGUUUGAGGACGGACGGCAGGCAGUGGAGAGGAGGCUGGAGGCAGCGCGACAUCAAAUCGAAGUCCAGGAGGCGCUGGGCCCACAGGCAUGCAGCAACAAGAGCCUGGAGAGACUAAGAAGCCAGCAGGAGACGCUACACUCGCUUCAGCCACAGGUGUCCUACCUUCGGGACCUGGCCCAGGGGCUGGUGCAGGACACACCCCCAACAGCAGGGGGCAAUGGAGAAGGGGUACAGAAGCUGGAGCAGCAGGCCCGAGACACAGAAAGGGAGUUCGGGGAAGUCAGCGAAAAGAUCGAGCAGUGCUGUUCCGCCCUGGAGACUCGUCUGCAGGGCGUGGGUGAGGUCCAGUCCUCGGUGCGCGACCUCUUCUCCCGCCUGGCUGACCUGGACGACGAGCUUGAUUCGCUGAGUCCCGUGGGACGCGACUCUGACUCUCUCGCCUCGCAGGCCGAAGCCGUCCGCGCCUUCCUGGCCCGGCUGGCCACACUGAGGUCGGAGCUGGAAGGUCACGGAGGCGACUGCACCGCCAUGCUGCGCCGGGAGGGGUCAUCCCCCGAUCUCCUCGCACUAAGGCGAGAGACGGAGGCCCUGAGCCGACAGGCUGGGAAGCUGUCCGAGAGGGGCCAGGCCAGGCUGGGGCAGAUCGAGGUUGCCGCCGAGAGGGUCGGAGAGUUCUACGCCCGGGUGGCGGAGCUGCAAGGGCUGCUGGGACGGGCGGAGGAGGGGCUUAACGUGCAGGGCGUGGUGGGCACGGAUGUGGAGACCAUCAAGCAGCAGCUGCACGAGUUCAAGGCCGUGGAGAGGGAGCAAGUGGACGCCAUUCAACCCAAGCUGCAGCAGGUGAACGCAGUUGGCCAGGGCCUAAUCCAGAGCGCGGCCAAACACACCGACACCCAGGCUCUGGAACACGACCUGGACAACACCAACCUCAGAUGGAACUCCCUCAACAAGAGGGUUGCUGAGCGCAUCGCCCAGUUACAGGAGGCUCUGUUGCAUUGUGGGAAGUUCCAGGAUGCCCUGGAGCCCCUUUUGAGCUGGCUAAAUGAUACGGAGGAGCUGGUAGCCAAUCAGAAGCCCCCGUCAGCCGAAUACAGAGUUGUGAAGGCCCAGAUCCAGGAGCAGAAGCUGUUACAAAGACUGCUGGACGACCGCAGGGCUACCGUACAGAUGAUCCAGGCGGAGGGGGAGAGGAUCGCAGCCACGGCGGAGACACAGGACCGAGACAAGAUCCAAAAACAACUGGAGAGUCUGGGCGAGAGAUGGAGCAAGCUGCUGGAGAAGGCCAGCGCAAGGCAGUGCCAGCUGGAGGAGCUGCAGGGGUUGGCGCUCCAGUUCCACGAGGCCGUGGAGCCUCUUGGCGAGUGGCUGAGUGCCACCGAGAGACGCCUGAGCAGCGCCGAGCCCAUGGGAACUCAGACCUCCAAAAUCAGCCAGCAGAUCACAAAGCACAAGGCCCUCCAAGAGGCCGUCUCCUCUAGAGGAGCCGAGGUUGACCGCCUCGAGGCGCUCGGCCAAUCCCUUGCACCCCUCAGCUGCACAGCAGACCGUGAUUGGUUGAGGGAGCGCAUUGGGGUGGUACGGCUAGGCCACUCUGAACUCAGUGAUUGGUGCCAGCGCAGGGCCAUCAUGCUGGAACAGGCCCUUGCCAAUGCUCAGCUCUUUGGGGAGGAUGAAGUGGAAGUGCUCAACUGGUUGGCUGAGGUGGGCCAGAGGUUGGGACAGGUGACUGUGCAGAGCUACCAGCCAGCCGUCCUCACCCAGCAGCACAAACACACACUGUCUCUGAACGAGGAAAUAGUGAGCAGGAAGAAGCAGGUGGACCAGGCCAUCAAGAAUGGACAGGCCCUGCUCAAGCAGACUACAGGUGAGGAGGUGUUGCUGAUCCAGGAGAAGCUGGACGGCAUCAAGUCCCGCUACGGCGAGAUGACGGCCGGGAGCAGCAAAGCCCUCCGCACCCUGGAGCAGGCCCUGCAGCUGAGCACGCGAUUCGCCAGCGCCCACGACGACCUCAACCUAUGGCUCGACGAGGUGGAGGCGGAGCUCAACGUCAUGGAACCCGACGCCACGCCAGCCUAUCAGGACAGACAGAAGGAGCUAAAGUGUGUGUCAGCGGAGAAGCGUCUGGUGCUUGACACAGUGAAUGAGGUGGGCAGUGCCCUGUUAGACCUGGUGCCGUGGCGUGCCCGCGAGGGCCUGGACCGCCUGGUGGCCGACGCCAACCAGCGCUACCGAACGGUGGACGAGACCAUCACCCAGCGGGUACUGCUGGUGCAGGCCGCCAUCCAGAGGUCACAGCAGUAUGAGGAAGCGGUGGACGCGGAGCUGACCUGGGCUGGGGAGACUGAGAGGAAGCUGUCAUCCCUGGGCCCUCUGAGUCUGGAGCCUGACGUGACGGUCGCCCAGCUGCAGGUCCAGAGGGCCUUCAACAUCGACAUCAUCCGACACAAAGACACCGUGGACCAGCUGCUCAACACCAGAGACGACAUCCUGGAGACCUGCAGCGACACCCAGAGAGAUGCUCUGAUGGUCAAGACUGACUCGCUGUCUUCGUGCUACGAGGCGGUGAGCCAGCAGCACCAGGAGCGUUUCUCAGCCCUGGAGCAGGCUCAGGUCCUGGUGGCCCGUUUCUGGGAGACCCAGGAAGAGCUGGAGCCCUGGUUGGGAGAGACUGAGAACCUCAUUGCCCAGCUGCCCCCACCCGCCAUCGACACCGAGGCCCUGCGACUUCAGCAGGAGCAGAUGAGGCUCCUGAGGGAGUCCAUAGCGGAGCACAAGCCCCACAUCGACAAGUUGCUUAAGAUCGGCCCCCAGCUGGCUGAGCUCAGCCAUCAGGAGGGGGCCACAGUGAGACAACGCUACAGCGACGCUGAAAAGCGCUACCUGGCCAUCAAGGAAGAGGUCAAAGGUCGCGCCACCGCCUUGGACGAGGCUGUGUCACAGUCCUCACAGCUGGUAGAGUUCCAUGACAAGAUGGACCCCCUGUUGGAGACCCUGGAGGGGGCCGUGCAGCGCCUCCGCUCCCCUCCUCCUGUGGCGGCGGAGGUGGAGAAGAUACGGGAGCAGCUGGCGGAGCACAAGGCCACGGGGCUGGAGCUGGACAAACUGUUGCCCUCCUUCUCUGCCCUGUGCGCUCGCGGCGAGGAGCUCAUCAGCCGUGCAGCCCACAACGACCCGGCCGCCCAGGCCGUGCGUUCCCGUCUCAUGCGCUUGCGCUCCCUGUGGGAUGAGAUCCGGCAGAGGGCUGAGGAGCGGGAGGGGAAGCUGACGGACGUCUUGGACCUGGCCGGGAAGUUCUGGGCCGACAUGGCGGCGCUACUGAGCACGCUCCGUGAUUCACAGGACAUUGUCAAGGAGCUGGAGGACCCCGGGGUGGACCCCUCCCUCAUCAAACAACAAAUUGAAGCUGCAGAGGCUAUCAAGGCAGAGACGGACGGGCUGAGGGAGGAGCUGGAGUUUGUACGCACCCUCGGAGCUGACCUCAUCUUUGCCUGCGGAGAGACCGAAAAACCAGAGGUCAAGAAGACCAUUGACGAGAUGAAUGCCGCCUGGGAAGGCCUGAACAGGACGUGGAGAGAGAGGAUGGAGAGGCUUGAGGACGCCAUGACGGCAUCGGUGCAGUACCAGGAUGCUUUGCAGGGCAUGUUUGACUACCUGGACAAUGCAGUAAUCAAGCUGUGUGACAUGUCCACUGUGGGAACUGACCUGGGGACUGUCAAACAACAGAUCGAAGAACUCAAGAGCGCACCAUUGCAGUACAAGGUGGAAGUGUACCAGCAGCAGAUCGACAUGGAGAAGCUGUGCCACCAGGGGGAGCUGCUGCUCAAGAAGGUCGCGGACCAGACCGACCGAGACAUGAUCCAGGAGCCCCUCACGGAGCUCCGACACCUCUGGGACAACCUCGGGGACAAGAUCACUCACAGACAGCACAAGUUGGAGGGGGCUCUCCUGGCGCUGGGGCAGUUCCAGCACGCCCUGUCUGAGCUGCAGUCCUGGCUGAGUCACACACACGCCACCCUGGACACCCAGAGGCCCAUCAGCUCCGACCCCAAGGCCAUCGAGAUCGAGCUGGCCAAACACCACGUGCUGAGGAACGAUGUGCUGUCCCACCGCUCUACUGUGGAGACGGUGAACGCCGCGGGGGCCGAGUUGCUGGAAUCCAGUCCCGGGGACGAGGCCAGCCACCUCCGAGACCAGCUGGACCAGCUCAACCACAGCUGGGAGACCCUGCUGCUCAAAACCCAGGAGCGGCAGAAAUUGCUGGAGGCCGCUCUGCACCAGGCGGAGGGUUUCCACGGUGAGCUGGAGGAGUUCCUGCAGUGGCUGAGGAGGACGGAGAGCCAGCUGUCGGCAGCCAAACCAACCGGGGGCCUACCUGAGACAGCCCGAGAACAGCUCCAACAGCACCUGGAGCUCCAGACCCAGGUGACCCAGCGGGCAGAGCAGUACAACCGUAUGCUGGAUGCAGGGGAGUCCAUGUUGCUUUCCCGCGGGGGAGAAGAGGGAGGCUCCGGAGCUGUUACGACCCAGACCCAACAGAACUUGGCCCUGCUGCAGAACAAGUGGGCCAGUCUUAACACCAAGAUGGACGACCGUAGGGCAAAGCUAGACGAGGCUGUGACCCUGGCCACUGGUUUCCAGACCUCCCUCCAGGACACUAUCAACUGGCUGACCCAGGCAGAGCAGACCCUCAACAUGGCCCAGCCGCCCUCCCUCAUACUGGACACCGUCCUCUUCCAGAUAGAUGAACACAAGGUGUUUGUGAACGAGGUGAACACCCACAGGGAACAGGUGUUGGCCCUGGAGAAGGCCGGCUCUCAGCUGCGUUUCGCCAGUCUGAAGCAGGACGUGGUGCUGAUCAAGAACCUCUUGCUGAGCGUACAGGCCCGUUGGGACAAGCUGGUGCAGCGAUCCCUGGACCGCGGGCGACACCUCGACGAAGCCCGCAAGAGGGCCAAGCAGUUCCAUGAGGCGUGGAGGAAACUGUCUGACUGGCUGGAGGAAGCUGAGAGCCGGCUGGACUCGGAGCUGGAAAUCUCCAAUGAGCCAGACAAGAUCAAAAUACAGCUGACCAAACACAAGGAGUUCCAGAAGACUCUGGGCUCUAAGCAGCCGGUGUAUGACACCACGGUGAGGUCUGGUAGAGCCAUGAGGGACAAGGCCACGCUGCCCGCUGACACCCAGAAACUAGACCACCUGCUGGGGGAGGUCAGGGACAAGUGGGACACAGUCUGUGGCAAGAGCGUGGAGAGGCAACACAAGCUGGAGGAGGCUCUUCUUUUCUCCGGCCAGUUUGCAGAGGCUCUGCAGGCCCUGGUGGACUGGCUGUACCGUGUGGAGCCCCAGCUGGCUGAGGACCUGCCUGUCCACGGAGAUCUGGACCUGGUCUCCAACCUCAUGGACUCUCACAAGGCCUUCCAGAAGGAGUUGGGGAAGAGGACCAGCAGUGUCCAAGCCCUGAAGCGUUCAGCCAGAGAGUUGAUGGAGACAGGCCGCGAUGACACCGCCUGGGUCAAAGUUCAACUGCAGGAGCUCAGCAACCGCUGGGACACAGUCUGUGCCCUGUCCGUCACCAAACAGACCCGCCUCCAGCAGGCCCUGAAACAGGCGGAGGAGUUCCGGGCGGCUGUUCAGCUGCUGCUGGAGUGGCUGUCGGAGGCGGAGCAGACGCUGCGCUUCCGCGGCGUGCUCCCCGAGGAGGCAGAGACCCUGCAGACGCUGCUCCACACCCACCGGGACUUCAUGGGCACGGUGGAGGAGAAGCGGACCGACGUGAACCGGGCGGCCGGACAGGGCGAGGCCAUACUCACCAUGUGCCACCCGGACUGCAUCACCACCAUCAAACACUGGAUCACCAUCAUCCGCGCCCGCUUCGAAGAGGUGCUCACAUGGGCCAAACAACACGAGCAGCGCCUGGAGACUGCUCUGACCGAGCUGCUCAACAAUGCCACGCUUUUGGAGGAGCUGCUGUCAUGGUUGCAGUGGGCGGAGACCACUCUGGUCCAACGUGAUGCAGAGACCCUCCCCCAAGACAUCCCUCAGCUGAAGACACUAAUCACAGAACACCAGGUGUUUAUGGAGGAGAUGACCCGGAAGCAACCGGACGUGGACAAAGUGACCAAGACUUACAAGAGGAAACCAGCGGAGCCCCCCAGCAGCCUGGCGGAGAGGAGAGGGGCCCGUAGAAACCAGCAGCAACAACAGCACCAGCAACAGGCGGCCAUGCAGGUCGCCGGGGGCAACCCCCGCCUGACCCAGCUGUGCUCCAGGUGGCAGCAGGUGUGGCUACUUGCCCUCGAUCGCCAGCGCAAGCUCAACGACGCCCUCGACCGGCUGGAGGAGCUGAAAGAGUUUGCCAACUUUGACUUUGACGUGUGGAGGAAGAAGUACAUGCGCUGGAUGAACCACAAGAAAUCUCGCGUCAUGGACUUCUUCAGGCGCAUCGACAAGGACCAGGAUGGCAAGAUUACUCGCCAAGAGUUCAUCGACGGCAUCCUGGCCUCAAAGUUCCCCACCAGCAGGCUUGAGAUGACAGCGGUGGCAGACAUCUUUGACAGGGACGGCGAUGGCUACAUCGACUACUACGAGUUUGUGGCGGCGCUGCAUCCCAACAAGGACGCCUAUCGGCCCACUACCGACGCCGAUAAGAUCGAAGAUGAGGUGACCAGACAGGUGGCUCAGUGUAAAUGUGCCAAGAGGUUCCAGGUGGAGCAGAUAGGAGAGAACAAAUACAGGAUGGGCCAGAGCAAUUACAAGUUCUUCCUUGGAAACCAGUUUGGGGACUCUCAGCAGUUGCGGCUGGUACGAAUCCUGCGCAGUACGGUCAUGGUGCGAGUCGGAGGGGGUUGGAUGGCCCUGGAUGAGUUCUUGGUCAAGAACGAUCCAUGCAGAGUGCAACAUCCCGGACUUAAGAUCCUUCGCUCCGACUCCAGUAGCACCAUUUCAUCUCGUAUAGUGACGGUCACUCCCGGCUAUUUCUGCUGCAGAGCACGUGGACGUACCAACCUGGAGCUACGUGAGAAGUUCAUCCUGCCAGAGGGGGCUUCCCAGGGCCUGGCGGCGUUCCGCUCCCGGGGCCGGCGCUCCAAGCCCGGGUCCCGCACGGCCUCGCCUACCCGCUCAUCCUCCUCAGCCUCGCACAGUGCCCACAGCUGUGCCUCCUUGCCCUCGGCCCCCGCCACCCCCACCGCCUCCUCUAGGUCCUCAAACUCGCGCGGCUAUGCCAAGCCCUGGCUGGCACACAGUAAAACUCCGAUGCCAACCAAGUGCCAGUCCUGCCCAGAGCACGGCCACACCACCCCUGGGCCCGAGGGGGCGGCAUCGGGGACCAAGCUGAAGAGGCCCACUUUCCACUCGAGCCGAGGGUCUCUGACUGGAGAGAAUGGAGGAGCGACACCGAUCUCAACCAAACCCGGACGCACUGACCCUAAGCGCACCCCGUCAGGUGCCAGUGGCCCUGCCAGCCGGGCGGGCAGCAGAGCGGGCAGCAGAGCGGGCAGCAGAGCCAGUAGCCGGCGGGGCAGUGAUGCCUCGGACGCCUCUGAGCUCCUGGAGACACGCUCAGCCUGUUCGGACACCUCGGACACGCCCAGGCGUCCUGGAGCCGCCAAGCCCUCCAAAAUACCUACCAUCUCCAAGAAGACCCCCAGCCCAAAGACGCCCACAUCUGGGAAAAAAUAGACCGGGACAUCAUGAAAACGUCAUGCAACAAACUGAAAAGGUGUCUAGAACGUGACGUUAAAAUAGCAUGUUGACGUCUCGACUGUUGGUCUGGUUCAGCUCCUAGGGAGAGACCCCUUAACACCAGCCGGGAGGGAACGGAUCAUCCAAUCAGAUUAACUAGAACUGACCUUCUCCCGUAUUUAUUGGACAGACUACUGGCGGCCAUAUUGGGUGUCACGUUUGAUCCAAACGUCCAUCUGUAGGGCUUGCAUGGGAUUCAUGCAGCAAGAUGACUGUUUGAAGGGAGAGGGGGAUAUUUUAGGGAAAAUAUGCCUGUUUCUCCCUUUCCCUCCCUCCUACACACACUUUAAAAAGACACUCACUGGGGGGGCAUGGAAGCCCGGGUUAGUGCCCUUAGACAGGCGCGAAGAGGAACAGAACUCUCCCCUUUAAAAACCCAGACCCCAGUUUGCCUUCCAGCCUCCUGUGCGCUCUCUCUCGUACCGCAAUUGUGCGAGACUUUUCUAGAGAGCGCCACAGCAGUUUGAACCGACAAACAACCAUCAGACAUCAUGCUGCCUUAUUUGUGUUCCACAUUUCUGCCCUUACUUUGACCCAAUCGGAGUUCCGCAGCGUUAGCUCGAGCCUUGUAACUGCUGUGUGUGUACACAGACUGACACACACUUAGGUGGUGGACGAGAGCACCGAUGACUGAAAACCCGCUGGAGAAUGGCGUUCAGAAGAACUGAGCCGUGGGUGUUGUGGACAUUUCUGUCUCGACGUGAGUUAAAAGUGAAAAUAUGCAAGGACUGCCAUCUUGUUUUUCCAACCGUCCUGGACGGCGGGGACGCGAGGAGGAAGGACACCUCAGCAUGCCUGUGGGUGCGGAAACAUCCAGACUAAGCAUGGACUGUUGAGUGUGUGGGCGGCGCCCCUCCGACCACUUCCUGCACUGAGCUAACUGCCUAAACCUCAAGCCCAGGAGACUGUUGAAGUAGCGGGAAAACACACGCAGACAGACCGCAAGGUCCUCACGAGCCACUGCGACACUCGAGGUGUGUUUGAAGACGGAUUUGUUGGAAGAGGGGGUUUGUCACAUUGUCUUAUAGUCUGAAACGAUUUACCCGAGAAAAAGUGUCAUGCUUUUAGUUGGACCCCGACUAAAAAUGGGGUUUCAGUAAGGAGACUCUUAAUUGAAGACCAGUGCACUCUGACAGUCUGUAUCGCUGUAAUUCCACUUUGCCCCGCCCUCCUCUGUUGCCUACUAAUGAGAGGCAAAUGCACACGUGUGUCGACGUCGCGUGUUUCCGAGAUCAUGGAUUUGCGUUAAUGCAAAGAUUUCAUUUGUGAAUGUUUUUCUUUCGUUCUGGUUAAUUUAUAAUCCUGUUGUAUUGUUUUGUUUUUUUAGCUUAAGAAAAAAAAAGUAUAUUUAUUUUUCAGUUCAUAUCACCUUGGAGAAUGAUUAGUAUUAAGGUAAUGAAAUCAUGAUGAUGUUUUGUACCAAGGAAAAUGUCCACUCCUCUUUUCAGUGUUGUGUGUUUGUACAUGCAUAACAUUACUCGACUAGAUCGCUGACUUAUUCCCAUGGCAGACUUUUUUGCUAACAACUAGAACUCCCAGAUCAUGACCAAAGGGGGUUUCCCUUAUUGUGUUGACAAAGAAAACUACAAAUAUGGAUGACAGGGAACUGAAGGGUGCCCAACACAGAACCCCAGUGUACCUCCUCAUAGGUGUCUUUCAUGGGUGCAAACGGCUCCCCUGUCUCUUGAUGAGCGCUGAAAUAUAUGAAAACCUAAUGAACGAAAAUGACAUCUUAAGGUGAUUUUUAUUUAUUUAUUGUCUCUUUUGGGGUGAGGAUCACGGCGUCGGAGAUAAACCUUUUGAUGCUGUCUUAUUCUCCGUGUGAUGAUGAGGAACAAUGGAUGGGGGGUACAACUGAAAUGUGUAAAAGAAAAAUACUAAGAUUAUAAACCUUUUUGUUUUCUUUUUGUAUUAAAAAGUAUGCUUGCAGUAAAAAUC